CGUCAUCAACGAGUCAAGCCUGCACUGGAAUUGGAUGACACAUUUGUUUUGAAGUAUCCGCCGGCUGCCACUGGCUAGAUAAGGAGAUGUGUCAAAAUCCUCCCUUCAAAAACACAUAUUGACGUAUACAAUCAUUUCUAUAUACACACAUGUAAUGUAUACAGAAAAAUUGUUGUUCAUAGAUUUUCAUGAAGAACCUAAACCUCAAAUUACAGAAAACCCUAGUUUUCAAGCACCGGCUAGUGAUUCUUUCUGCAAUCUGAAUCGCCAUCAUCAUCAACAUCCAAGGCUGCAUGAGUAGUCAGGUAGUACAGCACAAGUUGGGCUUCAAGGCAUCAGGAGUGUUCUUGAAGUUGAAGCAAAAACAAGAAUCAUGGGUCUCGUCAUCAUUUCUCACCCGCCAUCAACAACACUCUUCAAUCUCUCUCCUCAAGCUCAUGCUCCAUCGCCGUCGCCUCCUUCUCGAAUUCGAUUCCACUUCUCUACUCGUCGACGGUUGAAAUCCCAAUUCACCUCUCCUCCCAGGCUUGAAAUAUUUAAUUCAAGAUGUUCACUAACAAAUACUGAUGUCUUCAAUGACGUUGCCACUGACGAGGAAGUUCAUGAAGAACUUCCAACUGCUGCUUCAAAUUGUUCAGUCCCGAUUGUUCAUCUCAAAUCUGAUAUUCUUGAUACUGAAUCGCUGAAUUUACUGGCUGAAAGCACUUAUGUGGAUACUCUUUUAACAGCAUUGCCAGUUUUAACAGAAGAGGAGCAGAAUGUCCUUGCUGCAACUCCUGCCCAUCCUGCAGGACUGUAUGCCUUGUAUGUUAGUUGCAUAGCUGGGAAUCUGGUGGAACAGCUUUGGAAUUUUGCUUGGCCUGCUGCCAUUGCAUUGCUACAUCCAAGCCUACUCCCAGUGGCAGUCAUGGGUUUUGUUGCAAAGCUUGCAGUAAUUAUCGGAGGCCCUUUGGUUGGCAAACUUAUGGAUCAUUUUCCAAGAGUAACUGCAUAUAAUUGUUUGACUCUUGUCCAGGCAGCUGCUCAGUUGUUAUCUGUUGGAAUGAUAAUUCGUGCCCAUACUGCUCAUCCCACUUUCUCAUCAUCUGUGCUUCUUCGUCCUUGGUUUAUUGUGCUAGUAUUAGCUGGGGCAGUUGAGAGGCUAUCUGGAUUGGCACUGGGGGUUGCAAUGGAGCGUGAUUGGGUCGUGCUGUUAGCAGGAACAAAUCGGCCAAUUGCUCUUGCGCAAGCAAAUGCUGUUCUAAGUCGAAUUGAUCUACUCUGUGAGAUUGCAGGAGCAUCACUUUUUGGAAUUCUUCUAUCUAAAUAUGACCCCGUGACCUGCUUGAAGCUCGCUGCUGGUCUAAUGAUAUGGGCAUUGCCUAUUGUGGUUGUUCUCACAUGGUUAACCAACAAACUUUCGACCGGGGUUCUUGACCGUGCUAAGUGCCCACAAACUUGCUGCAGAAGUGCCACUGGUGCACCUGUUCCGGAUGUUGAGAAUCUAGUGGAAAUGAGUGUUGAAGCUAUCAAGCAUGGGUGGGUUGAAUACAUGCAGCAGCCAGUUCUUCCUGCAAGCCUAGCAUAUGUGCUUCUCUACUUUAAUGUUGUUCUGGCUCCUGGUGGAUUGAUGACGGCAUUUCUAACACAGCAUGGUUUAAAUCCAUCAAUCAUUGGGGGCUUCAGUGGAUUAUGUGCUUUCAUGGGUGUGGCAGCAACUUUUUUAUCUGCAAAUUUGGUCAAGCGACUUGGCAUUUUAAAGGCUGGAGCAGUUGGACUAGUGUUACAGGCUUCACUUCUUACCGUAGCCGUUGCUGUUUAUUGGAGUGGAUCUCUCUCUCAGCAGACCCCACUUCUAUUUUUCUUGUGUUUGAUCGUAUUGUCAAGGUUGGGACACAUGUCAUAUGAUGUUGUUGGGGCGCAGAUUCUUCAAACUGGUAUCCCAGCAUCUAAAGCAAAUCUAAUUGGGACAACAGAAGUUUCUGUCGCUAGUUUGGCAGAGUCUGUAAUGUUUGGAGUUGCAAUAAUUGCAAACGACGUUUCACAUUUUGGAAUUCUUGCGAUGCUGUCACUUCUAUCUGUGGUUGGGGCAGCAUGGUUGUUCUGCCGAUGGUUGGUGAAUCCUACCGAUGCACAAAGAAAUCUUUUCUCUUUUGACCGUCGGUUUUAAUUUUUAAUUUGCACAGGUGCUAAUUUAACUUGUAUUGACUGAAGCGUAGAUAGGUUUACACGCCGCCCUUUUCUUUGUCAACAACCAUCCAUUUAAAAGAAGGCCAAGGUAUAUGGGGUGAUUUUGUUCAUAUUGGAUUUGUUAGUAUAACAGGAGAAAUUAUAAUUCCGUAAGCUAAGUCAAAUCAUUUUACGCUUUUACGCGAAUAAUUUUCAUUUUUCUUUAUAUUGUAAAUUGGUGUUGUAAAAAUUCUCAGCAAAAGAUGGGAAGGCCAUUGCCCCCAUUAUUACUGUUAACAAAGUUGAAAAACUAUCUCAAUUCAUUAGAUAAGUGGCUCAUCUUACAUGUAA